GCUGAUGGCUCUGUCGUCUCCUGGGGCGAUCCACGCGCUGGCGGUGAUUGCAGUAGCGUGCAGGGUGACCUCCAAGAUGUGUCACAGAUCCAAGCUUCCAACCAGGCUUUUGCCGCUCUUCGAAAAGAUGGCUCCGUUGUGUCGUGGGGAUCGCCUGA